CUGGGCUCCGGGAUCUGCUGACCCGGAUGUUCACUCCUAGGUCCUGAGGAAGUGGAGGCGCUACCGGGCCUACGGGGCAAAGCGACACCGAACCGGAGCAGAACCGGAGCGCAGCCCCGCCUUCCACAGCCGGCCCGCACCCACCGCAGCCAUGAGUGACCAACAGCUGGACUGUGCCUUGGACCUGAUGAGGCGUCUCCCUCCCCAACAGAUCGAGAAGAACCUCAGCGACCUCAUUGACCUGGUGCCCAGCCUAUGUGAAGAUCUCCUGUCCUCUGUGGAUCAGCCUCUGAAAAUCGCUCGGGACAAAGUUGUCGGGAAGGACUACCUGCUUUGUGAUUAUAACAGAGAUGGCGACUCCUACAGGUCACCGUGGAGUAAUAAGUACGACCCUCCCUUGGAAGAUGGUGCCAUGCCAUCUGCCCGUCUGCGCAAGCUGGAAGUGGAGGCCAACAAUGCCUUCGAUCAGUACCGGGAUCUGUAUUUCGAAGGAGGCGUCUCCUCCGUGUAUCUCUGGGACCUGGACCACGGCUUUGCAGGAGUGAUCCUCAUCAAGAAAGCUGGAGACGGCUCCAAGAAGAUCAAGGGAUGUUGGGACUCCAUCCAUGUGGUGGAGGUUCAGGAGAAAUCCAGCGGCCGUACCGCCCAUUACAAACUGACUUCCACCGUGAUGCUGUGGCUGCAGACAAACAAGACUGGAUCCGGUACCAUGAACCUGGGAGGCAGCCUCACCCGACAGAUGGAGAAGGACGAGACCGUGAGCGAUUCCUCCCCGCACAUAGCCAACAUUGGACGGCUCGUAGAGGAUAUGGAGAACAAAAUCCGAAGCACCCUCAAUGAGAUUUACUUUGGAAAAACCAAGGACAUAGUCAAUGGACUAAGAUCUAUAGAUGCAAUCCCUGACAACAUUAAGUUUAGACAACUGCAGAGAGAGCUCUCUCAGGUCCUGACACAACGCCAGAUCCUCCUGCAGCCUGAUAACUAGCCCAGGUCCGUCCAGACAUUUGCAGACAAAUCAAAACAGGAAGCUUUGAAGAACGACUUAGUGGAAGCUCUGAAGAGAAAGCAGCAAAGUUAAAUGUUCUCCCCGAUCCUGUACAUCUUUUCAUUUCUUACCGAGUCUCUCUGCCCCAUCUGUCAUGCUCGUCUCACCCUUUUUUAUGUUUUGGGUUGGUUUGGUUUUUUUUUUCUCCGUUUUUUUGGGUCGUUCGGUCUGCGUCACCUACAUAGCCAACGCAUUUCGCUCCUAUUAAAUAAAGCUGUAUAAAUCUUACAGUGUGGGGUUUUACUCCGCUCACAACACCCCCCACCCCACCUUCCCCGCACCCACCUCACCUUUUUGCCCUGCUCUACCCCUCACAAGCCCCCGUUUAACCCCUUGUGUUUGUGUCUUGCACAUACUGUACGACGCGUGCCGCGGGACCUCAUCUCUGCCAGCAUUUGAAGGGUUGAUCUCUGUUUGGAGUGUUUGCAGGACGGCUGAUUUUUUUCGGCGGGUGGGAUUUAUUAUUUUUUUUGUUUUUAGUUAUUAAUUUGUAGCGUACGGAUUCUUUUCUGUCCUGCGUUUCUCCUGGUGACUCUGGGGAAUGCUUAAGGGGUUUUUUUUUUUAAGUAUUUUUUUUUGUAAAGCUUUGUCUUCUAUAAAGAGCCUUCCUGUACUAACAAUAAAAUGAUUCUAAAUA